UGUUUUUAAAUCGUCAAUUAAUUAAAAAAUAGAAGAUGAAAAUGGAGGAAAUCCAUGUGCCAGUAUAUGACAACUCGCCGUCGAUAGAGCAGAUCUUACGUCCAAUAUCAUACACGUCUUGGUUCAUGGGCGUCGGCAUUGCACGUCCGCGGAAGUAUCCCAAGAUUGUAACGAUAAUUAUACGUAUCGUUCGUCUAGCUGUGUGUUCAGUUAGCGUAGUGUACAACGUGAUUGAUCUCCUCAAUUUCAGUAGCAUCGCCAAUUUUGACAGUCACAUAUUUAUGCUUAUAUACUUUAUGAACUUUGCGAUGUGUUAUAUAUCGGCGUAUUAUUUUCUUUAUCACGGAAUCAGGCAAUAUGACAUGUGGCCAAAGUUAAUGGACAAAAUAAAGGAGCUUGAUCAAAAGAUCAAAAGAGAAACAAACGUUAAUAAUCAGUCAGUAAAGAAGGCAGUAGCAGCGAUUCUCACGAUUUUUGCUUUCUGUCCUUUCUUGCUUAUUGUCCACAACUUGUAUGGCUUCAUACAUUCACAUUACAUUUUCUUGUCCGACAUUCUGUUUUACAUUAUUUUAGCCCAAUCGUUGAUUAACAGUUUCGUCUUCGAUGUUGUUGUUUAUGUGCUGUAUUAUAGAUUUAAGACGCUAAAUAAAUUGAUUAGCCAAUUGAAUAAGUCACCCAGUGCUUCAUGGAUCGCACUCAAGAUUGGACGCAUCAGAAGAUUGCAUGCCGAUGUUUGUGAUCUCGUCAUCAUGGUAAACGAUAUUUAUGGGCUUCAUCUUCUUCUUUGCGCGGCGAACUGCUUUGCUAUGGUCGUAGCUACUCUGUUCAGAAUCUACAUGGUGGUCGUAAAGAAAUACUACGAUAACAUCUAUUACUAUUUAUUUAUAAAUAAUAUAGUUUGUAUUUUAUAUACUACGCAAUUUGGUCUGGCGUGCUGGAUUUGCACACUUGCGUGUCAAGAAUUUAACAAGACUGGGAUAAUUAUAUGUACAAUUGCAUUGAAAUAUAAAUCUGUGAAUUUUGACAUAUUACACGAGACAAGAAUUCAAUUAGAUCUAGAGGUACAAUUGGAAGACCUGAACAGCAAGCAAAGUUUUGAUUGUACUAGCAAUCUAAAUUACGGCAUCAUAGAAAAUCUCUUGCGCAGAGACCUGGACAGAGAGUGUAUCAGAAACGAGAUCAAUGAUUUUUCGCUGCAACUGCAACAUCGUCGAGUAGCAUUUACGGCUUGCAAUUUUUUCGAAAUGAGCAAUGCACUGUUCUGUGGUGUGAGUACAAAAUUUAUUUAUUUUUUUAUUAUUUAUGUAAUAUUAAUUACUUAUGAAUUGCAAUGCAAAUAACAGCUCUCGAAACAAUUAAAUGAAAUAAACUUUUGUUUCAGUUUAUCGGAAUGAUCAUCACUUAUUUGAUAAUCUCCAUUGAAUUCUCUGAGUGAUACAAAUAUCGUAUACUCUAUUCAAGAUACGUUUAUCAAUUUGUUGUUUAUGCAAUGUUGUUAAAACAUUUACGUUUAAUAUAUGUAACAUAUUUUUUAUUAAACGCUCACAAUUGGUAUUUUAAUGCAAAAAUUAGGCACUUAACUUAUUAAAUUCAAAUAUUUUUUACAAAUUUGCAUUUUUAUUAAUAAUUGUAAUAAUCCAUGUUUAAUAAUAAUUUAAAUUUUGAUUAAGCAAAUCUUAUACUUUAAAAUCAUUCAAUCAGUGCAUUUACUCUAGUCUACAAUAAAAUGCUUUUUUGUAUAAAAACUUGUGAACUUAUAUUACAAACGUCUUAAAAAAGAAGCAAUUAAAAAUUAUAAUUUUAUUAUUUAACUAUUUUGUUAUAAAAUAUUACUAUGCUUUAAUAACAGCAACCGAUUCGCAUAUCGCGUAUCGUAAGCCAUAAUGUAACUAGUUAUCGUACUCGUUUUCAAAAUAUCUAUUAGCUAGAAAAUAGAAGACAAAAACGGAACGGAUCUAUGUGCCAGUAGACAAAUCGCUGCCAAUAGAGCACAUCUUAUGUUUAAUAUCGUACACUGGUUCUUGGGCGUUGCACGUUUCUAAAUUUUAGCACAUUUAAUAGAACAUAAAUAUUAACUGUCAAAAAUUGUUGUUUGUGGUAUUUUUUAAAUUUUUAUUUAAUUUAUUUUUAUUAAUGUCUAACAUACACGUUAUAAACAAAAGCCCGAGUGAUAGUCUCUUCUGUAACGAUGAAAAUAUAAGAAAUAGUCAAUAACUUAUGUAAAAAAUAUUAUUAAUAUGGUAGGAAAUAAUUUUAAUAUUUAAAUUAUUACAGCAUUAAACAAUUAUUUUUUAAUAUUUAAUGUAAUAUAGUAGAUACUUUAAAAAUGCGUUGAAUUUAAUUUUUUUUUUGUUUUAUACUUGCGGCUUAUUAUACCAUUGAUCAUUAUCUUUUCUCAUUUGUGUUUGAAUGUGACAAGAAUUAUUAAUAAUUAUCUUAUCAAAUAUAUCAAAACUGGGUUACGCUUGUAAACAAGAGCAACUAAUCGCUUUCAAUCUAGUAUUGCAGACUUGUUGAUGCAUUAGAUCAUCUUUUAUGUUACAUGACGUAUUUCGACAAGAAGAAGUUACAGUACGUUAAGAAAAAUUUACAGAAUAAUUGUAAAAGUGGCUUCAGAAAAAUUUCAAUAUUUUCUUUCUACAAAAUUUUUAGUAUUGCGGAAAACUAUAUUUAUUUGCAAAACAUUG